AUGUUAUUUUCUACACUGACAUUAAUCACCCCUCCCGAUUACGAUGAAGUGAUCUCUAAAAUGACUGUUGGUGAUUAUGAUCUUUAUUUCACCAAUCAGGCUAGAGAGUAUCGCGUUAUAUACAAUGGUCGCUAUGUUAUCUUCGACAUUUCCGACAAUAAAAUCAUUAAUAGCCUAUGUGAAGAUAAUUCAAAAAACGUUCCGAACGCAUACAUAUUGUUUCGUGCAAAACUCGCCCCUUGUAUCUCAGCUCUUGGGCUUAGUACUGAAAGGGUAUUUUUAUCCCAAGUAAGUAGUAAUUUGUGGAAAGACAUCAAGGAAAAGGAUAAGCCAUUUAUUCAGGCUAUUAAAGCUGCUUACAAGAUUGAAUACUCUCGUAGAACCUCAAAGAGAUUCGUCCCAUAUAUUAAUAAACCCAAAAAAUCUCGCAGAAAGUCUAAUGUCAGUUAUGAAUCCGCCGGGGACCAUCCGAAACAACGGUUUAAGUCCUAUGUCGAGGAAUAUUUAUAUUCCAAUAAUAAUGAAUUUCCUAUCAAUUUUACACCUCUCGAGAUGCUGUUGUGGGAAUUAUUUAACAUUUAUUAA